AUGGGCGUUCCCUCGGCGCACUACCAGCAGCACACUGCCGACCCCCAGCCGCUGUACUCGGCCUACGCCCAGCAGCAGCAGCAGCAGCGUCCUGGCUCAGCUGUGCCCGCGGCCGAUGCCUACCCCGUUGCACCGCGUCGUCUGCCGUCGGUCUCAGAACUACUCACGCCUCAGGACGCAGCAAGCAGCAGCAGUGUUCAGCACCUAUGGCCUGUUUUACGCCAAGCGUGGAAAGUGCAGCUCGGUUCUGCCAUAUUUGACCUUUUUCUCACUGAAACUGGGCUCGUUCAAAACCCGCACGCUCCUCUAAUUUGUUUCCAUGAGCUAACCCGCACCGCCCAUUGUCCUGCGGAUGUUUUUGGAAAUCCGUAUAUAAAGCCUGGCCGCCCGCCCCACCAACUCGCCCCUUUGUCUUCUGUUCUUUCUCCUCUACAAAGAGAAUACUCAUUUUUUGUGGCUGCACGCACGCAAAGAGACACGAUGCCGUACACGACUCAGAUUAUGCAGGUUGAUCGGACACAGCAGUUUGGCUCAUACCCCGAGCCCCAGCAGGUCUUUGCCAUCGACGUUCCGGGCGCCCGGGCUAUCCAGCAGCAACAGAUGGCCACCGAGUACCUCAGCUACCACCGCGAUUCAGAGUCAGCCUCGUCAGUCUCGUCGCAGGGCACGUUGAUGGAUAGCCGCGUGUCGCCGAUCCACCACACCUACAAGCGGACGUCGAUUUACCAGCAGCAUCAGCAGCAGAGCCAGCACCAGCAGUAUGUGCAACAGCCGCCGUUUGCCUCGACACCAGCGGCAGAGGCAGAUCGCAACAUGUGCGAAGAGGAUGUUUUUACUGCCGCCAGCAUUCUGAUGAGCCUGCGCACCUGCAAGAUGCCCUGCUAG